GCUAGAGCAUCGGGCGGUGGGCCCAGCCACAGCUUACCGUAGCUAUACUGUACUAUUACCACUGCUACCCCCCGGUAACCUUCCAGCAGCCAAACGCUCGGUCUCUGCGCAAUGACGUUGCUGUAUCAGCCCCGUCAUCAAUCCGUCCUUUCUUCCGAUAAGGAAGAAAUCAUACUCGUACCAGAAGAGUACCUUACUUACCUCCCCUCCAGCCCCCGCCCAUCGCAUACUACACCAAAAUAUAGACACGUUGAGAUAGAGGCGAUUGUCUCCUGGGCACAAUGGCAGGCAACAAUAGGCUCUCAUCCGAAGACAAGGUCGAUUUUUGCACCCUGGGCAUGUUCAUCCUUGACGAUAUUGACUUUGAAGGAACAAGACCCCCCGUCAAGAAUGUCCUCGGUGGCGCUGCAUCUUAUGCAGUCAUUGGCGCACGCCUCGUUGCUGGGAAAGAGUAUGCGCGAUCCGUGAGCUGGAUUGUUGAUGUUGGAUCCGACUUCCCCACAGAGGUUCUAGAUGUUAUCAGAUCCUGGGAUACAAAUUGUAUCAUAAGAGAAGAUCAUGGGCGACUUACCACAAGAGCCUGGAAUGGCUACGGGCCGAACGAAAAGAGGGAUUUCAAGUACUUGACACCUAAAUUGCGGCUAGAGCCGUCAAUGCUAUCGGACGCACAAGUGCUUUCAAAGACCUUCCAUAUGGUCUGUUCCUCGUCACGCUGUAUGUCUAUUGUGCAGGAAAUCUUGCGACGGCGGGAGCAGUUACAACUAGAGGGCAAAUUACCCUUGUCUGUCUCGGCCACGCAGCGACCUGUCUUCGUCUGGGAACCUGUCCCAGACCUUUGCACUCCUGAAGAGCAAGAAACCUUCUUGGCUGCGAUAAAAGUCGUAGACGUCGUGAGCCCCAAUGAACUAGAGCUUGGGAUGAUGUUUGGCCAACCCGGCUGGAGCGAAGAGACAAGCUACGGGAAAGCUAUUGUGGAGAGGAUUCUUUCCCAAGGCAUUGGGCUUGACGGGAAUGGACAUCUCGUUAUCAGAGCUGGUAAAGAUGGCAGCUAUUCGUUUUCCCGAAAGCAGAGACUCUGGCUGCCCGCGUACCACCAGCCCGAUACGUCGAUGCCGUCACCUGUGGUCGAUCCCACUGGAGCCGGAAAUUCAUUCCUGGGAGCAUUGACUCAAGGAAUGGUCAGCUCGGGUAGGGCUCCUGCCAAUAUUGUCGAUUCGGUGCUCGCGCAAUCUACGACCUGGCGAAGGGCAAAGAAGGCUGGCAGCGCCCAUGAGCAUUUCCUAUCAGCUCUGGUCUUCGCUACCGUAGCGGCGAGCUUUGUGGUUGAGCAGAUUGGCGUACCGCAGAUUUCUACAUCUACCGAUGGAAGAGAGCUUUGGAACGAGACUGAGUUCACGGAACGGGUCCGUCUGUACACACAGCGCUUGUAUCGAACACUUGAAGAGUCUCCUCAGAAGCACUCGCAGAUCAACUGACCGGUUGAAGAACGCCCUUCUAUUGUCGUACAGCCCUCAAAAAAAUGAUGAAAACAAAACCUAUCAUGCCACAGGAGACCUUCGCAAUUGCAUUUUAUCCCACUCGCUUCUUAUUUCCUGCCAACCACAUUAUGAAUCCUGCUUCGAGGCUUGUUGUUUUCUCUCGUGUUCGAUGAUUUCCCUGCUCCAGCUAUAUAGACGAGAUAGAGUCAAUGACCACAUGCUUAGAAACGCUUGACAGGGGAUUGGCUGGGUUAAACUGACUAGCGACUAGGGAAGAAUCUGCCAGGCUCGGGCAUCUUGUCGCGGUGCUCACGGUCGGCGCUGAUGCUCCAGACAGUAGCAGCAAUUCCAAUCACUGUGGCACCCAUGAUGGCGGUGUUGAGCUUCCAGUUCGCGGGCUGAGCAUACCAGCCUCCGGCGGGAGACCAGACUUCCUUGGGAUACCUGCGCGCGAGCCAUCGGUCAG